GCGGCCGCCGCCGGGGGAAGGCGGCGGGGCACGGCACGGCGACGGGUUGGUGCCGGGAGCGGCAUGGGGCGCCUACGGGAGGGAGGUCGAUUGUGAGGAGCCGAGCGCCUUCCUUCUCCUCCCAUCUGAUCAGAUUCCUUGUAAGUGAAGUUCACUUGCUGUCUGAGGACCAGACCUCACUGAUGACUGGGAAACAAAGAGUACCCAGGAAAGCACUUUUACCACGGACUCCCCCUCAGGAGCACCAGGAACUCACCUUCUAAGCAAAAUCCGUGCCCCUUCUGUGCAGACCCAAUGUCUGCUGCAAUGGAUACAGAAUCAACAUAUUCAGGAUACUCCCACUACUCAGGUCACUCCAAAAAAGCCCACAGACAAGGGAGUCGAGACAGGCACAAAUCUCCACGCAGCAAAGAUGGCAGUCGCUCUGAGAAGUCUGUCACUAUCCAGACGCCUCCUGCAGAGCCGCUGCUUGGGAACGAUGCCUCUCGGGCAGAGGAUGGCCAGGAUGACAACUGGGGUGAGACCACGACAGCAAUCACAGGCACCUCUGAGCACAGUAUUUCCCAGGAGGACAUUGCUCGGAUCAGUAAGGAUUUGGAGGACAGCGUUGGGUUGGACUGCAAACGUUACCUGGGCUUAACAGUGGCAGCUGUUCUCGGACUCCUUGUCUUCCUUACCCCCAUCGCCUUCAUUCUGUUACCCCAGAUCCUGUGGCGGGAUGAUCUGGAGCCGUGUGGUACUGUCUGUGAGGGACUGUUCAUCUCUGUGGCAUUUAAACUCCUCAUUCUUCUGAUUGGGACCUGGGCUCUGUUUUUCCGCCAGCCCAAGGCAGAUAUACCAAGAGUGUUUGUGUUUCGGGCCCUUCUGUUGGUCCUCAUAUUCCUGUGUUUGUUUUCCUACUGGCUCUUCUAUGGUGUUCGCAUCUUGGACACAAAGGACACCAACUACCAAGGAGUAGUGCAGUAUGCGGUGUCUCUGGUAGACGCUCUGCUCUUCAUUCACUACCUGGCCAUUGUGCUGCUGGAGCUACGGCAGCUGCAGCCCACGUUCACUGUCAAGGUAGUUCGGUCAACAGAUGGAGAGGCAAGAUACUACAGCUUGGGGCACUUGAGCAUCCAGCGAGCUGCACUAGUGGUUCUGGAAAAUUACUACAGAGAUUUCACAGUCUACAACCCAGCCUUGCUAACAGCCUCCAAAUCCCGUGCAACCAAGCACAUGGCUGGCCUGAAAGUCUACAAUGUUGAUGGCCCAGGUAACAACGCCUCCGGGCAGUCCCGUGCCAUGAUUGCAGCAGCCGCCCGUCGCAGGGACUCCAGCCACAAUGAACUCUACUACGAAGAGGCCGACCACGAGCGCCGAGUGAAGAAACGCCGUGCGAGGCUUGUUGUUGCAGUGGAGGAGGCUUUCACUCACAUCAAACGCCUCCAGGCAGAGGAAGAGCAGAAAGCUCCAGGAGAAAUGAUGGAUCCCCGAGAAGCAGCCCAAGCAAUCUUCCCCUCCAUGGCAAGGGCUCUGCAGAAGUACCUUCGCACCACCCGCCAGCAGCAGUACCACAGCAUGGAGAGCAUCUUACAACACUUGUCCUUCUGCAUCACCAAUAACAUGACACCAAAGGCGUUCCUGGAGCGGUACCUCAGCCCAGGCCCAACCCUGCAGUACGACAGGGAUCGCUGGUUCUCCAAGCAGUGGACACUCGUCAGCGAGGAAGCGGUCACCAGCGGGUUACAGGACGGCAUCGUCUUUGUCCUCAAGUGCUUGGACUUCAGCCUCGUCGUUAAUGUGAAGAAAAUCCCCUUCAUCAAACUCUCAGAAGAGUUCAUAGACCCUAAAUCUCAUAAAUUUGUCCUCCGCUUACAGUCUGAGACUUCAGUCUAAGGGAUUUUGAGGGUGGGUUGUUUGGAGAUUUUUAUUGGUUGUUUUUUUAAAUAUUGUGCUUUUUGGGUUUAAUUUCCCCAAUGCUGACUGAAACUGGCAGAUGAUGGACCAGUAAUAUUUGACCAUCUGCACUUUAUUUGGAAAGGGUAGGGGGGAGGGGCUGGGAUAUCUUAUCUAGAAAGAAAUAUCUUAAGAGGCAACAGGGUGACUUGGCUCGGUUAGCUCAGCCUUGGAGACAGAACACAUGAUUUAGAUGAUUUUGCUUUUCUUCCUCCCCCUCCCUGCCCCCCUUUUUUCCAGGCAUCCCCUGCGUCCUGCGUGCUCCCAUUCUCCGCACAGUUGCAACGUGGGUAUUUUUGUUGGGAGCGCUGCCUUACACAACCCCGUGCUGUUGCCUCUCUGCUUUUGCUACCUGUGGCUCCUUCUGUCUCCCUCUCCCCUGUAGAAACCUGCUUGCAGGGGGAUGUGGCGGUCCUUGUUCACUCAAGGAGAGGAGGGCGUGAAGAGGCUGCUUCUGUGAGCCACUGUCUGGAGACUGAAGGUUCUUAUUCUUUCCCUCUUCUCCAUGUGCCGUCUCCUGUCAGCUCUGGACCUGCCUAGUGAAAUAGUUUUGCUCUCUGUAUCUCAAGUUGCCUGUGUUGAACUGAGUCAGCCCAUCUCACAGCUCUUCCAAUUUUAUUCUAGUCCUUCUUACCAAGUGCUUGUUGGUGAAACCGUUCUGCGUGAUGGGGCUCCCUGUGAUCUCUUUGUCUCUCUCCUGCUUGCCCUCAUCGUUGCCCUGGCACUCAGGGUUUCUGUCCACUUCUGUCUGACUUUCCCACUGUGUUUCCUCAGCCAGGGUCCCCUCGGGGUUGGUCUGCCUUACCGCCACUUCCUUUCACACCUGCAAGGGCUGCCUCUUGGCACUGGGUCAGGGUAGGUGAGUAGCUGGCCCCUCCUUAGAUAAAUCACAGGCCCUCCCUGUGCCUGACAGCCUCUUAGAGGGGAAGGAGGGUGCAGGCAAGAAUGUGCCCAUCCCUCUCUCGCCAGCUUCAAGUGUGUCUGGAGGAAAGAUGGGCAAAAGCACUUCACCUCCUCGAGGAGGGGAGCCAGGGAAGGGCUGAGAACGACUGCUGUGCUCUGGAAAUGCUGUAGCGUGUCCUUCCCCUCUGUAUGCCUUCAGCUAUAGCUAUGAAAUACCAAACUAUGUCUGAAUGUUGCAAAUCUGCUUGCCUGCCUUUCUCAGCGUUUCUCUGCUGUGGGGCUUUCUGCUCAGUCUGCUGGGAUCUGCUCCCAAGAGACGCAGUUUUGCCUCUGUCUGGCUGCCUUUGCCCAUCAGCCUGCAACUUCAGUGUCACAUGAGCUUUAUGGGGUUUGGGAAGGUUUGCUUUUAACAAGGAGCCUAAAAGCAGUGCCUGAAGCCAGAUUGCCAGCACAGGGCAUCACGUGGCUCUGGAGCCACCUCCAAGGCUGGCAGUCACCUGCCUUCAGUCAGGUCCCUCUGAGGUUCUCCCUCCCCUCCCCAGCUCUGUGGAGGUGGAUUUGCAUGUGUGAAUGCAAACACUCUGCAUUGAUUCUGCCCAGUCUUUUGCCAUGCAAAUAUCUCUUAUCAGGCAGGAUCUGACCUGACCUCCUUAGGAUGUCUUAAUGGAGAAGGCCCCAGUUCAGUGAGAUACAUAAGCCAGUGCCUUUCAUUGCCAGGGUGCAUCCUUUACCGAGGGAGGCUAUGACAGCCUCUCUUGUUUCCUUUGGUCUUCCCUGGGCUCCUCUAGCAGCCCGUGGAGCUGCUCCCACCAACAUGAGAUGGCCUGGCUAAGAGUGGGGCUCUGCUAGCCCUGGCUGUUGUGGGCUGGCUGGUGCCCACCACAAGCUGCUGGGAGAGAGCAGCCACUUUCAACAGGGUGGACAGGAUGGGGUGGGGUCCAGCCUCUUCCAGCUUCAGCAGCAAUGGUGCUGCAUGUCCAGCAGCACCUGUGGAUAGUCUUCUUAGGAUCAAGGGAGCACCCUGGUGAGUGAGGGUCCAAAGUGGCCAUUUCCUACCCAAGUGACACCUGGAGAAUCCUACACCUUUCUUAGAAGUCCAUGGUAGUCACCUGGAUCCCGUCUUCUCCACGUAACGUGCCAGACCUGGUUGUGAAGAAACCAGAUGGUGGGAUACGUGAUGGGAUCAGGUCCAUGUCCCGUAGAGGAUGGGAAUAGAUAGAGUUUUCCCUUCUUAAGUGUUUGGGUUUCUUUCAAGGUCAGACUUUCUGCUGGCCUGUCUGGGGACUCCUUUAUUGACUGUGGCCUUCACAGUGGUGUUUUUUGAAAAGAAACCCCAGAUUGGUUUAAUCCUUUUUGUCUUAAAAAAGUGAGAGCAUAUAGUGUCUCACCCUUGGCUCUCCUAAAGAUGCAUAUAUCUGGGUUUUAUGGUGUGCAUAACCAGCAAGGUGGGAGAGACUGGGAGUAGCUUGGGAGACUAUGGAGCACUGACGCCUGUGUAGAGGCUACUGCCUGUGGCUGAAUUGGCUCAUUUCUGUGAAGCCAGAACAAGAACCACCUUGCCAGGGGCUUGGGUGUGCUAUGUAGGUGAGAUCACCCUGUCACAGGCACCUCUGCAAAAAUGUUACUACUUUCCUAGCAUUUCCUUCCCCUUUCCUUUUCCCUCCUGCACGAGGAGGGUCGUCCAACAGUAUCUGCUCAGGAAACUCAUGUCUUAAAUGCAUUAAAUCUCACACACACAGAGAGAACCAGACUGGAGUGGUGUGUGCUCACUCUGGGUCUGCCUUCUCAUCUGUGUGCCAUGGGUUCAGCGCCGCCUUUUCUGCCUGAACCUAAAAAGGGCACUCUGAACCAGGGGCCACUUCCUACAUUAAAUGCUCUUCCCUGUCUCAGCAGUAUGAAUGCUUUACCUGAUGAUAUAUGAAGGAGAGGACUCGGCCCCUCAAACGAACUCUAUAGGGACACGCAACCUGCUUAGGAGUGAGGACAGGCUGAAAGGGGAAUUGGGACUCCUGAGCAUUCCCUGAUGUGUGAGGGGUGGGAGGGUGUUUUUUUUAAAUGGCAUUUUAUUUUUCAGGGUCUCUCUUGUUCCCCCUCUCUGUGCAAAAUCAGGGGACCACUGUCAUACCUACCUCACUGGGGUGUUGUGAGGCUAAACUCAAAUUUGUUGUCAAGUGCUUUGAGACCCACAGAUGGAUCUGUGGCGUCUGUAGGAAUUCAGAUUCUUUAUUCAAGAUACUGAGCAUUGAGAGCAGACUGGUUUGUUUAGCUCUGUUUGUAGCUAGCUCAUGAGACAAGUCACAGGGAACAAAGCUCUGAUCCAAAUCCUGCAGUCCUUUACUUCUGUGGAGCUUGCCAAGAGCUGAGCGUGAAUAAGACUUGUAAGGUUUGCCAGCCAAGCACAGGCUGCUUUCCUCUGAAAACUCCUAUCCUGCACUGUCUCCUUGCACAUAUUCUUCCUCCUCCCUCCCAGCCUGAAUGCUUGUACCUGGCUGGGAAUUGCUGGUUUGUUUGUUUCUUUUAAAUUUGGGGGGUUUAUGAAUGUUUGUGGUGAAGUGGACAAUGUCUCAUCUCAGAGGAGAUCCCUGCACUUGACAUCCUUCACUAAAGGCUGAACCAUUUGGUAGGGUGCCAUGUUGCCCCACUUCUCUCUUCCAUGUUGGCCUUUUACUGUGACUCUCGAUUAUGCUGCUUGGAUACUUUACAGGCUUUAGUGUUUCUCCUGAGAUUUGUUACAGCCUAAAUGCUGAGAACUUCUAAAACCAGAUGCAGCUAAGACUUUCAGCAGUUCUGGAUCAGAUGGAAAUGGCUGUUGGGUUUCCACGUUGUUCCCUUUCAUGGCUAAAGAGUUGAAAGAUUCCAAUUUCUUGCAGCAUCUAGAAGUGUAGGGGCAGAUAUUAGACCUUUAAUACUUUGCCAGUCCUGUAACUAGGCCUGGGCAAAGGUUGUUACCACAUCUAUUAUUAGCCUUAUUGCCGUAUGCCUGCAGCCAUCUGCGUGCACUCUCUGUGGGGCUGCCCCAGGUCUCAGACCCCUUUCCCACUCAUGGGAGCAGAGAAUGCUGUGCAUGAGAAGGUGGUAUGAUGCAGCUUGCUCUCAGAGCAAGGUCAGCUCCUGCUUCGAGGAUUGUCGUGGAUGCCUUCAAGAGCAAUCAUCCCUGAAGGGAGAAUACUGGAGUGAAAGGCAGAUCUGAUUUCGGCGUCUUGCCAGCUCUUCCUCUGAUUUCUGCCUCUAAAAAUUUUCCUGCCAGCAACUGCAGUCACUCCGCUCCCAUCCUCUCCUCCCUUUGUGUUUUCCCCAGAGUUCCCUAGUUAGGCAAAGAAGUGUUGGCUGGGAUGGAAGGUGCUGGGGUUGCAGUUUGGAGCUCAGAGGCAGCUCACGAAGAAAGGCACAAGUUUAGAGAUGUGAAUAAAUCCCAACCCUCAGGGAACCUUUUUCUUUGGGAUGGGGAUCUCCAUGCAAAUCUGCUGUUGCCCGAGUAUGCCAAAAGCUGUGGGGAGGAAGGCCCUGCAGAAGUAGCCUUUCAAGGCCUCGUUAGAGAUGUACUCAUUCCCAACGCUUGCUGCUGAAGAAACUGGAAAGAUCCAUGCCCUGCUAAAUGUGGAAACCUGUCCAAGCCAAUUUCACCUUGCUCACUGAGGCUUGUGAACGUGCCCUUUUCAAAGGGUAAAACAAAAGUCCUGCAGUCUUUAGUCAGAAACGCUGUAUUCUGGUCCCAGACUCUGCUCUUCAGCUGCGCUCGGCUCUGCCUCGCCGUACAGGCUGUUCAGGAGAUGCAUGUGCAGGUGUCUGCUCUCUCAUUUAGCUUGUAUGUGUGUGUGUCUGUGCUUUUUGCCUUCUAAAUGUGUGUGUGUGUGUGUGUGUGAUACACAUCUAAAGCCUCAAGCCAAGCUUGUUGGUUCAGUGUUUAAACUGUGUUAAGAAGGAAGCGCUCUUGGGAUUGAGCUGUUUGGGGUUCUUGUUUUUAAAAAGAAAGAUGGGUAAAUUAAACCUUCCCCCUCCCCAAACCCCUAAAUUUCUGUUAUAAAAUAGAUGGCUUUGGGCCAUGAAGUCUCCCACAGGAACACACACCGUCCUGCGUUUGGGCUGCUGCCUCUGAUAGGUGACGACCAAAAGUUGCCAUUUCCAACAGCUGCUCCGGGAGCGGUGCGGAUCAUUUUUGGGAUACUCCUGAGCUGGGUAUCAGCUGGUGUCGGCCACCCCUCUGCAUCCCUCCAAAAGACUCCGGUUUUUAAUCCCCUGUAACCUCCCGAAGCCCUGCAGGCAGCAGCCUGCUCUGCUCUGCCCAGAAGGAACCCUUCCCUCCGGCUGCCGCUUCCCAGGCAUGUGCUCGGGAGUCCCUGUCUCCUGUGUGCACAGUCGGUAGGGGGAGGGGGAUGCUGUGGCUUGCAACCUGCACAGCCCUAACUGUGAAGGAAACCUUACACUCUUCUGUGCCUGUUUCUUUGAUUCAGCAUUAUGGUGUCUUGGGGAAGGGGGUGGGAGCAAGUGCCCUUACCCCCCCGCCCUCUUUUGAUCACUGUGUAAUACUCUUUUUCUACACAAACUGUGUAUAGUAAGGUGGGUUUUGCCAAGGUUUUCUAAUUAAUAGACACUAACCAGCAUUUCUUUCUUUUUCUUUGUUUUUUUUAAUUUCUCCUCUUUGCACAUGUGACUUUAACUGCAAUGGUACAUGGUCUUUCUGUCCUUUUCUAAUCGUGAACCUUUAAGUGAGCAAAUUGCUGGUGUCCUGUGACAUGAAUGCACUGUGGGGUCUAGCCUAGUAAAUUGUUCUGUUCCAAGCUGGGUUCUCUUAAGUUAUAGCUGGAUGGGGUUUUGUUGUUUUUAAACUGAAACAUAAAACCGUUUUACACUUUGCAUAUUUUGUACAGUAAAACUCUGGAAAUAAACUGAAACCAGAUCCAA